GUGGGCCUCAUUCCUCUCUCGUUGGGGCCUGCAACCGCCAGCCCUCUCGGCGCUCAUCGCUUCCGCGUCGGGAUCGCUCGUCGCUUCCGCGUCAACAUCCUCUUACCUGCGCCCAUUUCUAGCUGCAUCGCUCCUGUACCACGGCUUCGAGCAGUACAUUCGCUGGCGCCGCCGUGCGCGCCUCGCCGUGAAGGGCGUGCCCGAGGCCGUGGCUGCUGCAAUGCCCGAGGUGGAUCCUGCGGAGUACGCCCGAGCCCAGGAGUACUCGGCCGCAAAGAACAACUUUGGCUUCGUCGCAGACUUGUACGGGCUCGCCACCGGCCUCGUGCACCUCUGGCUGCAGGCGGCCGUGUGGAACGGCCCGGCCCUCUCGCUCGUGCUUCGUUGCGGCGGGACGGCGUCACACGAGCUUGCGCGCGCGGGCGCGAGCAUGCUGCUCUGUGCGCCGUGGGACCUCCUCUCUGGCGUGCCAGUCGACCUGUACCGCACCUUCGUGCUCGAGGAGCGGUUCGGGUUCAACAAGCACACGUGGCUCAGCUGGCUGGGCGACUCGCUCAAGCACUUCGUCGUCGAGGAGCUGCUGAUGGGCUCGCUGAUGAUGGCGCCUCUCGUGCUGCUCGUCCGCUCGCUCGGCCCCUCCUCGUGGCUGUACGGCUUCGGCUUCACGUCCCUCUUUGUGCUGCUCUUGAACGUCGUCUACCCUGUCUGGAUCGCGCCGCUCUUCAACACAUUCGCACCGCUGCCCGAGGGCGAUGUGCGCGACGGCGUCGAGGCGCUGGUCAAGUCGAGCGGCAUCAACUGCAGCCGCAUCUUCCAGGUCGACGGCUCGCGCCAGUCCGCCCACUCCAAUGCCUACGUGGCUGGCUUCUUCGGCUCCAAGCGCAUCGUCAUCUACGACACCCUCAUCACGCACCUCGACGGCGACGUGGAGGACAUCUGCGCCGUCGUCGCGCACGAGAUUGGGCACGCGCAGCUGCACCAUAACUACGCGCUGCUCGGCGUGUCAACGGCGCAGCUUUUCGUCAUGUUUCGGCUCUUUGGGGUCUGCACCGACCCGCGCCUCGUCACGGACUUUGGCUUCGACGCCCCCUGCGCCUACUUGUCGCUGCUCACCUUCUUCACCCUCUGGUCGGUCGCAAUGCCUCUGGUGUCGUUCGGCCUCAACGCAUUCACGCGGCAGCUCGAGUACCAGGCGGACGCUUACUCGGUGCGUCUCGGCUUUGACAUACGAAAGGCGCUCGCGAAGAUCUCAAAGACGAACCUGAGCGAUCUCAAUCCGGACCCCCUCGACUCCCUCUUCCACCACUCCCAUCCGACCACCGUGCAGCGGGUGCUCGCAGUCAAGCAGCUGCUGGACACGUGCGAGCGCAAGGCCCUUUGAAAGGGCAUGUCCAUGUGCCGCGAGCAUGUACACGUGUACUGAGUUGCCACAUAACACACUGGGUGUGGCGUAUUUUGUAUCGCGGCGGUGGGGCGUGUCGCUGUCCUCGCGAUCGCGUUUUGUUUUUAUGUUUAUAUUACAUGUC